AUGUAAGGAUGGUGGUGCCAGAUGUGUGGCUGCUGGCUGGCAAAAAUCAAUGUUACUGGCCAAGCACACCAACUGCUGGAGAUGCAUGGGUGCGCAAUGCAAAGGAGCCAUUUAAAAUUUUUAACGAGUCCCAAUGAUUAUUCUGAAUCAUCAGAAUCAUCACCUGCCAGGAAGAAGCAGUGCAGAGUCGUGGUGAGGCGGAGGUCAAGGUCACCUAUACCUUCCAUAAAAUAUUUGCCACAACCACCUGAAGCUUCCAAAGCUGUUUCAAAACCACCUGCAUCAUAUGCACAGUUUUCAGCGUCCCCGAGUUUUUCUGGCUUCACCCAGCAAAAUACAGAUCAGCUGAAUGCCGUUUUUUAAAAAGAUUCUGGAAAACAACGCAGAGCUGCUUGAAGACAUCCGGCGCCUGCAUAGAAAAGUCGAUAGGCUUGAGGCAAAAUUAAAUGGUAUGGGAGAGGAUAUCCCAGAAACUAUCCAGAGCUUGCCAGAAGGGUACACCUUUCCUUUAGAGACAGUGGAGCAAAUGGUCAGCCUGGAUAGUUGUCUUAAUGACACUGCAGUACAGAAGAGGAUGAGUCUUUACCUCACCAACUAUGGAGGUAAAAAUGCUCGGCAUGGUCUCUUCAGGGUUGUAAAAGAAUUAAUAUGUCCUCAGUUGUCGACUCUUUACUCAUUUGAAGGCAAAAAAGGAAAACUGAAAUUUAAUGACCUCCGGAACCUCAAGAUGACAAUUUUUGAUCCCAUACCCCCUAAGAUCUUUUAAAAAUUCUACUAUAAAAGAACUGGAAAAGGGGACAAGUGAAUGGCAUGUAAAUAUGUGAAAAUGCUGAAAUUUUUUAACAAAUAAUUUAUACAUUUAAAUAACUGGGGUAAAAGUAAGUUUUUGUUUGAAUGUUAUUUUUACUUACCAUAGUACAUGACAGCUUCUGUA